AGGGGCGAUCAGACGACAUGCUUAGACUCCCCUCCAUCACACUCUCCCACACCCUCUCACCCUGGUUACUGGCGCCUGCUUGGGCCCGUUCCUAUUCUCCUCCAGCUAUCCAAUCGUCAUGGUGGGAUCUCAAUUCCACAUGAGGCCAUCGACGUCGGUGGAUGCGGGGAUGUUAUCUGCCAUCCCGGACGGGCAAACGGGAACCAGGAACCAUGAAACGCGCCCUCGGAAUUCCCCCGUCGCCUCUGACCAUCUUCCACCCAACACUCUCCCAGUUACGCCGGAUCGUGGAAGCUGGAUCCGCCCGGGCGGAUAAAGCCUCUCCGCCAGGCGUAGGCGCAGGCGCAGGCACCAGCAUAGAUAGAUCGGACAUGACCCUGACGAAAGACAUCUCGCAGCCUGGGAGGGGGGCUUCGUCAGAUGCAACGUUGACUCCGGGAGAUCGACUCGAGCUGAUUAGCCGGCGGACCUCGAACGAGCAGCCCAUUUACGGAUGGACUGGUGAUGACUCGGACGCAAAAUCAAUCACGCGUCACCAACGCCAUCAGUGCCAUCACCCACUGUGACUGGAACAACCCCUGCAAAACCGACUCGGCAGUGUGCGCAUCGCAUCCAAGACACCGGAUCCCGUGCUACAUCGUCCACCCUGU